AUGAGUCUGCUGAAUGGUGAACCCGACACGAGGCGGUCGUCUGAAUUGGCGACUAGGAGACGACAUAUCAUGGCAGGACUGGCCUUGGUUAUCUCUUUGUUCUCAUUCGUAGCGCAGACGGAAUUAAUGACGUUUAUUUCCCACCAGCACUACGAAAAACCCGUGUUCAUAAUGACGGUCACCCAUGGGUCUUGGGUUAUGUUGGUCCCACUACAGGUCAUUGUGAUUUGGCUGUGGAAAAGGGACCAACCUUUUGAGGUCUUUGUAGCCAAGCACCGCUCUCAUUUGAUCCAGACUGCACAGAGCGUGAGCCGUAAGAAUAACUACACGGACUCUUUGUCAAAAUACAUGACCAGGAUAUCGCUUAUUCUAGCUAUAUCGCUGAAUGUCGCUGCAGUGUCGUGGUAUUUGGCCAUAAAUCUCACAACAGCGGCGGAUAUUACCGCAAUCUACAACUGCUCAGCCUUCUUUGCCUACGCGUUUAGUAUCCCACUUCUGAAAGAAAGAUGGCGAUCCGGCAAAGUCAUUGCCAUCGUAUUGAGCGUUCUUGGUGUACUUGUUGUCGCUUAUAGUGGGUCAACUGAAUCAAACGAAGAAAGACCUUACCGGGUUCUUGGGAACCUUAUCAUCGGCGCUGGCGCAGUGCUUUACGGGCUCUAUGAGGUUCUGUAUAAGGUGAUUGCUUGUCCAGAACAACAUGUUUCUGCCAAGAAACAGGCUGCUUUUGCAAACGUUAUUGCGGCCUGUAUUGGUGCGGCCACCUGGGCCCUCAUGAUCCCCACCUUGAUACUUUUGCACAUAGCGGGUAUUGAAACCUUUGAAGCUCCGGCUGGACCGGUCUUGCGUGCACUUUUAUGGUCUAUUCUUGCAAAUAUGCUGUUUUCUGGAAGCUUCCUUAUCUUGAUGUCACUGACGUCGCCAGUUUUUGGAUCGGUCGCUUCCCUGCUCACCACCUUUAUGGUCCCGCUCGUCGACUUUAUUCUGUUUGGGCGCGGCAUUGGACUCGGAAAUAUCGUUGGUGGUCUCAUUAUUAGCGCGGCCUUUGUGCUAAUGAUGCACGAGAGCUGGCAAGAAAUGCAAGAGGACGGUCUGGACGAUUGA